AUGGUGCGUCAGCUGCACGACGGUAUGAUGGCGCGAUUCACGGACAACGGAGCUGUCUCAGAGGCAUUAGCAGUGACCACCGGAGUGAAGCAGGGCUGUGUGCUGGCGCCUACCCUCUUCAGUCUUAUGUUCUCUGCCAUGCUGAUGGACGCCUACCGCGACGAACGCCCCGGGAUCCGCCUCGCCUACAGGACGGACGGUCACCUCCUGAAUCAACAGCGGAUGCACUUCCAAUCGCGCGUAUCCACAACCACCGUUCACGAACUCCUCUUCGCCGACGACUGCGCCCUGAAUACCACCUCGGAAGAGGAGAUGCAACGGAGCCUGGACCUGUUCUCCGCCGCCUGCGAGAAUUUCGGUCUGGUCAUUAACACGCAGAAGUCGGUGGUGAUGCACCAACAGCCACCCAACUCAGCCACAGCCCCCAACGCGCCGCCGCAAAUCGGCGUGAAUGGGACCCAACUGCAAGUGGUGGAAAACUUCCCGUACCUGGGCAGUACUCUCUCCCGCAACGCCAAGACCGACGACGAAGUCGCCAACAGGAUCUCGAAAGCCAGUCAAGCCUUCGGUCGCCUCCAAAGCACAGUUUGA